UAGGACUUUCUUUGCUCCGCUGCAGCAGCCGAGCCGGCGAAGAGAGGAGGGGGCAGGCACGGGUAUUCGGAAAGGACAGGCUAUUAGAACGGCUAAAUUGAGCCGGAAAUCUUUUUACAGAAUAACCCACGAUAUAGCCUAUCAAAACAAUAAGGAAAUCAACAAAAUACUUUAAUGAAAGACUUGAACAUUUAUAAUUGAAACGCCCAGGCUCCAAUCUAAACCCCUCCUCUCUCGCUAUUACAUAAAUAGUCUAAUAAUUUAUAGGCUGCUGUGCCCACUCCUUAUUGUUUAUUGUCCUUAUAAAGAAAUACGGGAAUAUAGAGUCGUUAUUUAACACUUUCGAACCUCUAGCCUGUUUUUUACAUAAAUAAAUGGGUGAUUACGGGCUCGGCUUGAUACAAACGGCUAACAUUAACAACAGCUCUGCGGUCUUUUUGGGAGGCGUUUUCAGGUCGUACGCGACUCUCUCUUCGGUUUCGAGUAACCGAGAAUCUCCGUUUUCUGUCACUGGUUUGUCGCUAUCCACCAGCAGAAGCGCUGCCGCCGCGUCCUCCUUGUUCUUGCCAGCCGCUGCCCAUCAGCAAAACAUGCAGGAUGAGCUCGUCGCUGGGGUGAAAAUCGCACAGCAACCUCCGUCAACCGAGAAAAACAACAGCGACAGCGCAGCAAACAAAACCGGACAACAGCAACCAGGCAACAGCGACAACCGCGACCACAACGGCAGCCCCGAUUUCAGCGACCAGCUGCGCCAGAACGUCCUGGACUACAGUCAGCAACAGUUGUCCGAUUUUAGGGCGAGUGUAAAUCAAGACAAAUUCGGCCAGACGCAGCAGAUCUGUGACCUUCAGCAAGGGCUGAACAAACAGCAGAUCAAUCCGCAGCGGGCAGAAUUCAGCAGCGCGCCGCCGCCCCCACCGGGAGGAGAGCUCGGUCACCUGACACACAAACAGCAGUACGCUGCCGUCGGCCACCAGCGCCAAGGUAUCCCCGAGUCCGACCGCAGCCUGGACUCCAGUCCCGUUCAGAUCAACCCCGUGUCGGUGGAGGAGACGGAAGCCAAUGCGGUGGCUGCCGCGUCGCCGUCGCAGUCUUCCGUGAAUCCAAACAAGCUUAAAAUCCAGAUGGACUCCCCCACCGCCCACCUCAUCAACAACGGCAAUGGCAGCAGCAGCGGCGGCGGCGCUAACAUGCUGCCCGGAGGUCUUGGUGCUGGUUUCACCGCCAUUCAGAACCAGGAGAUGCAGAACCCGCACCAGAACCCGAGCGGCUCCGCGUCCCCGACCCUGCCCGUGUUCGGAACCCCGUGGUCCGUGCAAACAAGCUCGCCGCCGCCACCCGUCACGAACUCCGCAAAUCCGAACCACUCGAACCCGCUGAACCAGGUCCACAGCGCCGAAGCCGACAGCGGCUUCUACCCGGGGAUCCCUUCCUCGGUUAACCCGGCGUUUUUCCAGAGUUUUUCGCCGGUGUCAGCUAAUCCCUGCGCGGGGGUUAAUGUGCAUGGCUUCGGCGGCCCGUUCUCCCCGCAGAUCAGCGUGCCCCCGCCGCAGCAGAGCCGGAGGAGCCCCGGCAGUCCCCAGAUGCACCACCACCACCAGGGCGCGUUUCUCCAGCAGCGGAAUAACUACAACCACCACCAGCCGGUGAUGAAGCACUCUCCAUGGAGCAGUCACCAGAGCAGUGGGUGGAGCUCUGGGGGAGUGUCAUGGGGCGGUGUCCAUGGGCGUGACCAUCGGCGUGGGGGGGGGAUGGGCGUGCCUGGCCCCCUCAGCCAGAUCUCCCCCAUGAAGAAGCCCUUCUCCAGCAACGUCAUCGCUCCUCCGAAAUUUCCCCGCCCCGCCAACUCCCUGGGGCCCAAGUCCUGGAUGGAGGAGAAUCUCUUUCGCACGGACAACAACAGCAACUCACUGCUCCCCCUACAGGACCGCUCCCGGAUGUAUGACAGCCUGAACAUGCACUCUCUGGAGAGUUCUCUGAUCGACAUCAUGAGAGCGGAGCAGGACCCAAUGAAGGGGCGCAUGGGAUACCCUCACCCCGGACCAGACAGCCUUCUCAUGCUGAAUGCAAGGAGUUAUGGGAGACGGCGAGGUCGCUCCUCCCUGUUCCCCAUUGACGACGGUCUCCUUGACGAUGGUCACGGUAACCAGGGAGUCCCCGGGGGCCUGCAGCAGAACGGCGAGCGCACGGAGCGCUUCUCCCGCAAGGUCUUCGUCGGGGGUCUUCCUCCCGACAUCGAUGAAGAUGAGAUCACCACUAGCUUCCGCCGGUUUGGCCACCUGGUGGUGGACUGGCCGCACAAGGCCGAGAGCAAGUCCUACUUCCCCCCGAAAGGUUACGCCUUCCUGCUGUUCCAGGAGGAGAGCUCUGUGCAGGCCCUGAUCGAGGCCUGCCUGGAGGAGGACGGAAAGCUCUACCUGUGUGUGUCCAGCCCCACCAUCAAGGAUAAACCGGUGCAGAUCAGGCCUUGGAACCUGAGUGACAGCGACUUUGUGAUGGACGGCUCCCAGCCCCUCGACCCGCGCAAGACCAUCUUUGUGGGAGGAGUUCCGCGGCCCCUCCGAGCAGUGGAGCUGGCGAUGAUCAUGGACCGGCUGUACGGGGGCGUGUGCUACGCCGGGAUCGACACCGACCCGGAGCUGAAGUACCCGAAGGGGGCGGGGCGAGUGGCCUUCUCCAAUCAGCAGAGCUACAUCGCCGCCAUCAGCGCCCGAUUCGUCCAGCUGCAGCACGGGGACAUCGACAAGCGGGUGGAGGUGAAGCCCUACGUGCUGGACGAUCAGCUGUGUGAUGAGUGCCAGGGGGCGCGCUGCGGGGGCAAGUUUGCGCCCUUCUUCUGCGCCAACGUGACCUGCCUGCAGUACUACUGCGAGUACUGCUGGGCUGCCAUCCACUCCCGCGCCGGCCGCGAGUUCCACAAGCCGCUGGUCAAGGAGGGCGGGGACCGCCCCCGCCACAUCUCCUUCCGCUGGAACUGAGGGGGCGGAGCCAGGCCCAGGCCCCGCCACACUCCUUCCG